CGCGCCAGCUUCACCGCUAAUGCGCCACAACAUUCCCUCAUCUGCUCCUGCACAUCCACCCGACAAAUGACAGGGAUCUGCUGUCGAAGAUGCGUUUAAAACCCAACACAAAGCGUGUUCUUCACAGCCUUCUGCGCUCCGCCUAACAGAAGCUCGUUAUUUUAUUUUGCAGGAGUAAAUUCACUUCAUGGGAGAGAUAGAGUGGUUAGCGUAGCCUAGCGUGCUAAUCCUUCAGCAGAACUGAUCAAACUGUCAGAAUCUGACUUCAGUAAACCGUGAAAGAUGCCGUCUGGGACAGAUGACCCUCGUAAACUCUUCAUCCUGACCACGGCGGGAAACUACUUCUCUCUGGACACACCGGCAUCUCUCUCCUCCUGCCGUCCUCUCGAUAACUUCCUAGAUGAUGGGAAUGAGUUUCUGCUUGCCGUCAGCAGACACGCAGAUGAGCUGCACUUCUCCAACAAGCUGGAGAGUAUGGAGGGUGACGGCAGGGUUCUUGUGUUCUUCAAACCUCAUCCGUGUGUGGUGUCCAAGGACAACCUGCACCGAUCCGUCCUGGUGUCCUCCAUGCUGGAGUCUCCCAUCAGCACCCUGUACCAGGCCCUGCGACAGGUCUACGGCCCCGUCCUGCUGCAGGAUGAUAAAUGGAGUCAGUCGUUCGACUCAAAGCUUCAGUCUCUGCUCACGGAUCUUGAGGUCGGGCUGGGUUCUGUGCUUAGACACUCUGCACCAAAGGAUUCUGGGAAACGGAGUCAUUCAGAGUCAGAUGUGUUGAGCAUCACGACCCCUCUGGAUGAGUUCUGCUUCUGGGCCGAUGUCAGUCGCUCUGGACAGCAGAGCAGCGAGAGAGAGAGAGCCGCACACUUCUCUGAGCUCUUCACCACCAUUGAGAAGGACUACAGUAAUCUGGAUAGUUUCAGUCUGGUGGAGGUGCUGGACCUGAUUGAGAGCACACGCGAGACAGUAGAUGACGUGUGGAAACAGAAUGAGCACGCCCCCUACCCCGAGACACGCAUGAUCAGACUCAUGGAUGUCAUAGGCGGAGCUCUCGGCAGGUUCGUACAGCGGAAGUUGAAUGCGCUGCGCUUGUGGGAGGAUGCUUAUUUCACAGUCAGGGAGGGGCUUAAAGGGGGCGUGACUGUCUGUGAGCAGUGGGUGGCGGCCUGUGAACACCUGACUGGUCAGGUGUGGAAACGCUACUCGCCUCAUCCGUGGAGCGGAGAGAAGCACCGCCCACAGGGGCUGCAGAGCCUCGGCCAGCGAUUGGAGGAGGUGGCGCAGGUGCGAUCUGUUUGUGAAAAACUGCAGCGUUUGUUAUCCGGAGGGAAACAGCAGGUUUCAGCCGCACGUGUGUAUCAGCCUUUCACGGGACUCAACCCGAUACACUACAACCCUUACACUGAGCCCUUAUGGAGAGCCGCAGUGUCUCAGUUUGAUCGACUCAUCGCUCCAGCAGAACAGGAAGCAGCUGGAAAGCUCAAGACCUUCAUAAUAGAUGCACAGGACAGUCCGCAGCAGCUUCUGCAGGCCUUUCAGAAACACAGAGAUCUGAUCAAACGACCCACAAUCAGCAAAGAACUGAAGCCUGAGAGAGAAACGCUCCUUACACGACUGCUGGACUACAACAAGGGACUGCGGGCAGAUUUUGAGAGCCGUUGUCACGGCACUCCAGGAGAGAAAACCGGUCCUCUAGCGGGCAGAAACCUUCCUGAGGUCGUCAACAAUAUCGUGUGGGUCAGACAGCUGCUGCUCAAGGUGGAGGACUCUCUGAAGAUGGCAGACGCGUUGCUCUCUGAUCUGUCUGGGUUUCGGCCGCUGGUCCGUUUCUCUGAUGAGCUGCAGGAGCAGCUGAGAUCGUACGAGCAGGAGCAGUUUGAGGACUGGACCAGAGACCUGCUGUCGGGACUCUCUGAUCCCAAAUCUGGAAUCAGUUUGCAGGCCAGCAAUCGUGUCAUGGAGUUGGAUCACAUGGAUGGCAAACUGAAGAUCCAGUACUCGGACCGGCUGGUGAGUUUACUCCGAGAGGUGCGGCAGCUCUCCGCUCUGGGUUUCACCAUCCCUGCGAAGAUCCAGCAGGCGGCAAACACCGCAGAGAAGUUCUACCGACAGGCCAUCAUCCUCAAACAGGUGGCUCAUUUCUACAACACCAUCGAUCAGCAGAUGAUACCUUCUCAACGACCCAUGAUGCUCGGCUGUGCUCUGGCCUUUGAGCAGGUCAUCAAGAACCCACGGUCUCAGUCUCGCGAAGAAGGCGGAAAACUCCAGAUCACGUGGGAGAAUCCUAAAGAGCUGGAGCAGUACAUCGGUAAACUGCAGAGCGCCGCAGAGAGACUCUCCACGGAGAACCGCAAACUCAGGAAGUGGCACACCGACUUCACUGAAAAGGUGGUGUGUCUGAUGGGAGUGGAUCUCCUGCGUCAGCAGCAAAGAUGGAAAGAUGGUCUUCAGGAUCUCAGGACUGGAUUUGCCACACUGGAGUCUCAGGGGUUUCGUACAGGAGACAUGAAGGCCUGGCGUCAGCACUGGAACCAUCAGCUGUAUAAAGCUCUGGAGCAUCAGUAUCAGGUGGGACUGGAGGCCCUCAACAAGAACCUGCCGGAGAUUAACAUCGACCUCAUCUUCAAGCAGGGGCGGCUGCAGUUCCGUCCAGCGUUUGAAGAGGUCAGGGCAAAAUACUACCGCGAGAUGAAAAGGUUCAUCUGCAUCCCGAACCAGUUUAAGGGCGUGAGCGAGACGGGAGAGGAGCCCAUAUUCACCUGCAUGAUCGAACACAACGCCAGCGGCUUCUUGACCAUCUUCAGCAAAGCUGAACUCCUCUUCAGUCGACUCACACAAGUGCUGGACAAGUUUAAGGACUGGGUGGUUCUGGGACAGGUGGAUAUAGAUGUUCUGGUGGAGAAACACCUUCACAGUGUCCAGGACUGGGAGAGAAACUUCAAAGCUCUCAAAGCCAAAGGAAAAGAGGCCGAGCGGCUGCCCAGCACAGAGAAGGUGGACUGCAUCACGGUGAACUGUGAGCCUGUCAGAGUGGCCGUGGACGAUCUCAUCCAGAGGUUGUUUGACGCUCUGCUGACGUCCCUGAGGAGAUCCAUCCUGGGUCACAUUCAGGUGAUAGACUCUUUCGUGAGCGGUGCAAUGGAGACGUUGUCCUUGCGUCCUGAGAGCAUUGAUGAGAUUGGAGAGGCCAAUACCAAACACAGCCAGUUACAGACCCAGAAACCUGAGAUUCUGCCUCAGUUCCAGCAGGCGGAGGAGAAGAACAGGCUGUUGCGCUCCGUGGCGGGUGGAGGUCUGGACACCAUCAGCUCCCUCAGAGCCAAAUGGGACAAAUUUGAGCUGGUGAUGGAGAGUCAUCAGCUCAUGAUUAAAGAACAAGUGGAGGUGAUGAAAGGGAACGUCGAGUCGCGGGUGCAGGUUUACCUGCAGGACCUGCAGAAGUUCAGAGCCCGCUGGGACCAGCUCAAACCCGGGCAUGACAUCAUCGAGUCAGGUGACCACGAGGCUCUGCAGCAGUGCGUCCAGAACAUCCGAGACAGACGAGCCGAGUUCGACGAGCUGGAGAACACGCGCAAAAAACUCACGGAGGACUGUGAACACUUUCAUCUGAGCCCUCCUGACGCAUCUCUGGCUUCAGACACGCUGAGGGACCUGCAGGAGUGUUCAGAGAUGUGGGAACUUUACGAGGAGUUUCAGCAGGGACUGGAUGAAAACGCCGAGCAGGACUGGAUUUCCUUCAGGAGUAAGACCCACGUGUUCGAGGAGUUUUUGUUUGCGUGGCACGACCGACUGAGGAAGCUGGAGGAGCAAACCAGCAUGUCUGUCAAACUGCAGAAGGAAGUGGACAGAUACAAGGCUGUAGUUCCAGUGUUAAAGUACGUGCGCGGUGAACACCUCUCUCAGGAACACUGGCUGGAUCUGUUCCGGCUCGUCUCUCUGCCCAGAGGAACCACACUCGAGAGACUGCAGUUCAGAGACCUGCUACGAGUGGCCGACAACAUCAUAGACAAAGCCCUGGAGCUCAAGGAUCUCAACAGUCGCGCCCAGGCGGAGGUCACCAUCCGCGAGGCCCUGCGGGAGCUGGAACUGUGGGGCGCCGGCGCGUGUUUCACCCUGACGGACUACACGGACAGUCAGGGCGGCUCUCUGCGUGUCAUCAAGGACUGGAGGGACAUGGUCAACCAGGUGGGCGACAACCGUUGCCUGCUGCAGUCGCUCAAAGACUCGCCCUAUUACCUGCGCUUCCAGGACAAAGUGUCGCUGUGGGAAACCCGACUGGCCGACCUCGACGAGUACCUCCAGAACCUCAACACCAUCCAGAGGAAGUGGGUCUACCUCGAGCCCAUAUUUGGCCGUGGGGCGUUGCCGCGGGAACAGGCCCGCUUUCAGAGGGUGGACCAGGAUUUCAGGGCGAUCAUGGCAGACGUUCAGAGGGACAGCAGGGUCACAUCUCUCACGACUCGAGCUGGAAUCAGAAACUCUCUCGUCACCAUCUUGGACCAGUUACAGCGCUGCCAGAAAUCCCUCAAUGAAUUCCUGGAGGAGAAGCGUUCUGCAUUUCCUCGGUUUUACUUCAUUGGAGACGACGAUCUGCUGGAGAUUCUCGGACAGGCCACAAACCCUACUGUCAUACACACACACCUGAAGAAACUCUUCGCAGGCAUCAGCAGUGUGGAGUUUGAUCAGAGUUUUCAGAGCAUCACAGCCAUGAAAUCACUGGAGGGAGAGAUGGUGCCGCUCCAGAACACCAUCAGCAUCUCCAACGACGUGGAGGUUUGGCUGAGCGCUCUCUCCACAGAGAUGAAAAACACCCUGAAACAUCUUCUGUGUGAGUGUGUGAAUGCUGGGAAGAAAGGAAACUUGGACCCCACACGCUACCCUUCUCAGAUUCUGUGCCUGGCAGAGCAGAUCCAGUUCACAGCGGAUGUGGAGAACGCCAUACGCCAGCAGAGCCUCCAUCAGCUGGAGCAGGAGCUCACCGCCAAACUGGAGAACUACACCAGUGUAGACACCAACACAGACGACACUGCAGAGUCCAGAGUUCUGCAGCUGAAGCUGAGGGCUCUGAUUCUGGACGUGAUCCACAACAUCUCGGUCGUUCAGAGUCUGAGAGAAGCUCAGAUUCACACCACUGACGACUGGAUCUGGAAGAAACAGCUGCGCUUCUACCUGAACACAGAGCAGCGCUGCUCCAUACAGAUGGUGGACGCAGAGUUCAGCUACACCUAUGAGUAUCAGGGCAACGCUCCUAAACUGGUGCACACGCCUCUCACGGACAAGUGCUAUCUGACACUGACACAGGCCAUGGAGAUGGGUUUGGGCGGGAACCCGUACGGCCCUGCGGGAACCGGCAAGACUGAGUCCGUCAAAGCCCUGGGAGGAUUGUUUGGAAGACAAGUGCUGGUCUUCAACUGUGAUGAGGGUAUAGAUGUGAAGUCCAUGGGGCGGAUCUUCGUGGGGCUGGUGAAGUGUGGAGCGUGGGGCUGUUUUGAUGAGUUCAAUCGCCUGGAAGAGGCCGUGCUCUCCGCCGUCUCCAUGCAGAUACAAGCCAUCCAGAACUCACUGAAAAACCACCGCACCACCUGCCAGCUACUCAAUAAAGAGGUGGAGUUGGACCCCAACUCGGGCGUCUUUAUUACUCUGAACCCGGCGGGUAAAGGAUACGGAGGGCGGCAGAAGUUGCCGGAUAAUCUGAAGCAGCUCUUCCGACCGGUUGCCAUGACGAGUCCCGAUAACGAGCUCAUCGCUGAGGUCAUCCUGUACUCAGAGGGGUUUAAGGAAGGAAAGGCACUUGGACGAAAAUUGGUCGCUAUAUUCAACCUGGCCAGGGAGCUGUUGACGCCCCAGCAGCACUAUGACUGGGGCUUACGUGCGCUGAAGACGGUUCUGAGAGGCUGUGGGAGUUUACUGCAGUUACAGAGACUGAACAACAACCCCAUGAAAGAGAGCUGGUUAGUGGUUCAGGCUCUGAGGUUAAACACCAUGUCAAAGUUGACGUUCGCCGAUAGCUCUCGGUUUGAUGCCCUGGUCAGAGACGUGUUUCCUGGAGUCGACUUUAAGGACGUGGAAUAUGAGACGCUCAAAUCCGCCCUGCUGUCUGUGUAUGAAGAGGCACGGCUGGAGAUCAUACCCAGUCAGAUAAAGAAGGCUCUGGAGCUGUACGAGCAGCUCCGGCAGCGGAUGGGUGUGGUGGUGGUCGGGCCCAGCGGGGCGGGGAAGUCCACUCUGUGGAGGAUGCUGCGGGCGGCUCUGGGCAGGAUGGGCCGUGUGGUCAAACAGUACACCAUGAACCCCAAAGCCAUGCCACGGCAGCAGCUCCUGGGGCACAUCGACAUGGACACGCGAGAGUGGUCCGACGGGGUGCUGACGUCCUCCGCUCGACAGGUGGUGCGAGAGCCACAGGAGGUGAGCUCAUGGAUUGUAUGUGAUGGAGACAUUGACCCAGAGUGGAUCGAGUCAUUAAACUCUGUGCUGGAUGAUAAUCGCUUGCUCACGAUGCCCAGCGGUGAGAGGAUUCAGUUCGGCCCCAACGUCAACUUCCUGUUUGAGACCCACGAUCUGAGCUGCGCCUCACCAGCCACCAUCUCCCGCAUGGGCAUGAUCUUCCUCAGUGAUGAAGACACUGACGUCGGCGCUCUGGUGAAGUCGUGGCUGAAGAGGGAGGAUGAAGACAACAGGAUGAAUCUGGAGAACUGGCUCAAUGAUUAUUUCCACAGAGCUCUGGACUGGGUUCUCAAACAGAGUGAUUUUGUGGUGGACACCAGUCUGGUCGGGACGGUGCUGAACGGUUUGUCCCAUCUGAGAGGGGUCAGAGAGAGAGGGCAGUUUGUCGUUGGACUCAUCCGUGGUUUGGGAGGAAACCUCACGCUCAAAUGCCACCAGGAGUUCGCCAAGGAGGUUCUGAGUUGGGCCAGAGAAAGCCCACCUGACCCUCGUAAGCCUCUGGACACAUACUACGACCCCGCCUCCGGCCGUCUGUGUGCGUAUGAGCUGCAGCGAGGGGAAGGUGUGUGUGAGGAAGACCUCAGUAACCCACACAAUCUCCCCGUCAUACACACAACUGACAUGCAGCGCGGACUCGACCUCUUCACCCCGUGGCUCUCGUCCAAUCACAGGCAGCCGUUCCUGCUGGUGGGGCCGGAGGGAUGCGGCAAAGGGAUGCUCCUGCGCUGCGCUUUCGCCCAGCUUCGCUCCACGCAGGUGGCCGUGGUGCACUGCAGCGCUCAGACAUCCUCCCGUCAUGUCCUGCAGAAACUCUCGCACACGUGUUUGGUCAUCAGCUCCAACACGGGACGCGUGUACCGUCCCAAAGACUGCGAGAGGCUGGUGCUGUACCUCAAAGACAUCAACCUGCCCAAACCUGACAAGUGGGGCACCAGCAACCUCAUUGCCUUUCUGCAGCAGGUUUUGACAUAUCAGGGCUUCUAUGAUGAGAACCUGGAGUGGGUCGGGCUGGAGAACAUUCAGAUCGUGGCUUCGAUGUCAGCAGGUGGCGCUGUGGGGCGGCAUCCUCUCACGUCACGCUUCACCUCGAUCGUACGCAUCUGCACCGUCGAUUAUCCAGACAGAGAGCAGCUGCAGACCAUCUAUAGCGCAUACCUGAAACCCGUGCUGCAGAGGACUCUGGGUAAUGAUCCGACCUGGAGCUCUACAGGGAAGAUCCACCAGCUCGCCGGCUCAUUGGUGCAGGUCUACGAGCAGGUGAAGGCUAAAUUCUCCGUAGAUGAUCACAGUCAUUACCUGUUCACCCCGUGUCUGCUCACACAGUGGGUCCUGAAUCUGCUGCGAUACGACCUGAGCGCAGGUAAAUCCGCCGUAGAUUCAGUCCUCGAGGCGGUGGCGUAUGAAGCCCGGCGUCUGUUCAGGGACCGGAUCGUGUCCUCUAAAGAUCUGAAUGUGUUUGAUAACAUCCUGUCCUCCGUCAUCAGGGGCGACUGGGGCUCGGACGCCCUCGACAACAUGACAGAUACGUACUUUGUAACAUGGGCCGCGUCUCAUGAGGGUCGUUCCCCUGGUCAGCCCCUCCCACCGCACGGAAAACCGCUCGGACGUCUCAACGCCAGUGACCUCAGAGAGAUUAUACACAAGGGAAUAGUUCUGUACGGCCGUGAUAACCGUGAGUUGGACAUCCUGUUGUUUCCGGAGGUUCUGGACUACAUGUCUCGAGUGGACCGUGUCCUGAGCUCUCCGGGCGGGUCGUUGCUGCUAGCGGGACGUAGUGGUGUCGGCCGGCGUACGGCUACAUGCGUGGUCAGCCACAUGCACAGGGCGUCUCUCUUCACUCCUAAAAUCUCCCGCUCGUACUCGCUGAAACACUUCAAAUCUGACCUCAAAACUGUCAUGCAGUCGGCCGCUGUGGACGGCCAGCAGGUGGUCUUGUUGUUAGAAGAUCAUCAGUUUGUUCAUCCGGCCUUCCUGGAGAUGGUCAAUAGUCUGUUGUCGUCAGGGGAAGUUCCAGGUUUGUACUCCACUGAAGAGUUGGAGCCUCUGCUGUCAUCUCUGAAAGAUCAGGCGUCGCAGGACGGGUUUACCGGUCCGGUUCUCAACUAUUUCUCCCAACGUGUUCAGCAGAACCUCCAUGUGGUUUUGAUCAUGGACUGCACUAACGAGCACUUCACCAUUAACUGUGAGAGUAACCCCGCCCUCUACAGGAAGUGCUCCGUGCAGUGGAUGGAGGGCUGGUCCGACAGCAGCAUGAAGAAGAUCCCAGAGAUGCUUCUGUCAAGGAUGGAAGGAGAGGAUGAGAAAAAUGGAGAAAAACAGAAGAAGAAGAAGAAAUCUGCAUCCGUGCAUUCAGAGCUCUAUCGGUCCUUCCUGGCGAUCCACGAGUCGUGUCGGGAAUUCGGAGCCACGCCUAGUCAAUACCUGAGCUUCCUGCAGGUGUACCAGUCCAUCUACAGCUCCAAACGAAAGGAGCUGACCCACAAACAACAGCAUCUACAGGCGGGCGUGGCCAAGCUGAACGAAGCGAAGGCAUUGGUGGAUGAGUUGAAGAGGCGGGCGGCCGAACAGAGCGGCUUACUGAAGACCAAACAGGCCGAGGCGGAUGCCGCCCUGCAGGAGAUCACUGUGUCAAUGCAGAACGCCAGCGACCAGAAGACGGAGAUGGAGAAGAUCAAAGAGAGGAUGGCACAGGAAGUCUCCAAGAUUGAAGAGCGGAAGAAGAAGAUAGACGAGGAGCUCAGAGAGGUUCAGCCCCUGGUCGAGGAGGCAAAGCAGGCAGUAGGGAACAUCAAACCGGAGUCCCUCUCCGAGAUCCGCUCGCUGCGCAUGCCGCCUGACGUCAUCAGAGACAUCCUGGAGGGGGUGCUGAGACUCAUGGGAACAUUUGACACGUCCUGGGUCAGCAUGAAGAGUUUCCUAGCCAAGCGAGGAGUGAGGGAAGACAUCGUCACGUUUGACGCGCGCAACAUCACUCAUGAGAUCCGACAGAGCGUCGAGGAGCUUCUGCACAGAAACAAGGCGUCGUUUGACCCCAAGAACGCCAAGCGCGCGAGUGCCGCCGCCGCUCCUCUGGCCGCCUGGGUGAAGGCCAACGUUCAGUACUCACACGUGCUGGAGAGGAUCCAGCCGCUGGAGACGGAGCACGCUGGACUGAUGGAAAACCUGCGCAAGACGGAGAACCGCAAGAACAGGCUGGAAAAGGAGCUGAACUCUGUGGGAGAGAAAGUUCUGGAGCUGAAGGAGAAGUUUCAGUGCCGUACGACUGAAGCAGCGAAACUGGAGUCUGAGGUGAGCAGAGCGCAAGAGACCAUCAGCGCAGCGGAGAAACUCCUGCAGCAGCUGGACGGGGAACACACGCGCUGGACCGCACAGGUGUGUGUGAAUGCAUCACCCAAGUUUGAUUUGCGUCACUUCCUGUGUUCUGAGAGUGAGCAGCUGAUCUGGAAGGGUGAAGGGCUGCCGUCUGACGACCUGUCGAUGGAGAACGCUCUGGUCAUCCUGCAGAGUGCUUCUUGUCCGUUCUUGAUCGAUCCGUCCUCCCGUGCGACAGAGUGGUUGCAAACUCAUCUGAAAGCACAUCGUCUGGAGGUCAUAAACCAACAGGACACUAACUUCAUGACGGUGUUGGAGUUAUCUGUGCGCUUUGGUAAAACUCUGAUCGUUCAGGAGAUGGACGGCGUGGAGCCCGUCCUGUACCCGCUGCUGCGGCGAGAUCUCAUCGCACAGGGGCCGCGAUACGUGGUUCAGAUCGGAGACAAAGUCAUUGACUAUAAUGAGGAUUUCCGUCUGUUUCUGGCGACCCGUAACCCCAGCCCCUUCAUCCCACCUGACGCCGCGUCUCUCAUCACUGAGGUGAACUUCACCACCACGAGAGCAGGACUACGGGGACAGCUGCUAGCGUUGACCAUCCAGCAGGAGAAACCAGAGCUGGAGAGCGAAAAAACGAAGCUCCUGCAACAGGAAGAGGAGAAGAAGAUACAGCUAGCUCAGCUGGAGGAGUCGCUGCUGGAGACUCUGGCGACGGCUCAAGGGAAUAUCCUGGAGAAUAAGGAGCUGAUCGAGUCUCUGAACCAGACCAAAGCAAGCAGCGCUCUGAUCCACCAGUCGCUGACUGAAUCCCACCGCCUGCAGACGUCACUCGACCAGGAAAGGGACGCGUACCUGCCGCUAGCAGAGACCGCCAGUAAGAUGUACUUUGUGAUCACGGAUCUGUCCAAGAUUAAUAACAUGUACAGGUUCAGUCUGGUGUCGUUCCUGCGACUCUUCCACAGAGCUCUGCAGACUGAACAGGAAAGCGAGAGCACCGAUGUGAGGAUCUCCACGCUGGAGAUCAGUCUGAAGAACAUGGUGUACGAGUAUAUCUGCCGCUCACUCUUCAAGGCGGAUCAGUUGAUGUUCGCGCUGCACUUUGUGAAGGGAAUGAACCCAGAACUGUUCCAGGAGAACGAAUGGGACGUGUUCAUUGGCCUGAUCGUUGGAGACAUGGUUCGGAAGACGGACUCCCAGAAGUCUCUGCGAGAACAGUUUCCGUCUUGGAUUGAUCAGGAGAGGCUGAUGGCUGUGGCUCUUCUCAAGAGCACGUUUCCAGUGUUGUAUCAGUCUCUCUGUCUGAAUGAUGCAGACCUGUGGCUCACAUUCUCACGCAGUUCCUGCUGCGAACAGGAAAUCCCGCCUCCCAUUGCCAAGAAGAUCUCCCUCUUUCAGCAGUUGUUGGUGGUUCAGGCGUUACGGCCAGAUCGGUUACAGAGUGCCAUGGCAGCAUUUGCCUCUCAAGCUUUGGGCAUGAGGGAACUGUCUCCUCCCCCGUUGAAUCUGAAGCGUCUGUACGGAGAGACGCUAGAGUCUGAGCCCAUCUUACUGAUCAUCUCCGCCGGUGCAGAUCCGUCUCAGGAGCUCCUGGAUCUCGCCAGUCAGACCGUGGGCCGAGAAAACUACCAUGAGGUGGCGAUGGGUCAGGGUCAGGCUGACGUGGCUCUCCAGGCACUCAGAGAGUGUGUUCGCUCUGGUGAAUGGCUGUGCUUGAAAAACCUGCACCUCGUCACGGCGUGGCUCCCCCUACUGGAGAAGGAGAUCAACAGUAUGAAACCCAAAGCCGGCUUCAGACUCUGGUUGACUGCUGAGGUCCAUGUGAAGUUCACUCCCAUACUGCUCCAGUCCAGCCUGAAGGUCACCUAUGAGGCUCCUCCAGGGCUCAAGAAGAACCUGAAGAGGACGUAUGAAUCCUGGAGCGCAGAGCAGAUCAGUAAAGGUGGUCACCUGACUCGAGCUCAGUCUCUCUUCUGCCUGGCCUGGUUCCACGCGGUGUGUCAGGAGAGACGCAACUAUAUUCCUCAGGGUUGGACGAAGUUCUACGAGUUCUCUCUGUCAGACCUGAGAGCCGGCUUUGAGAUCAUUGACCGUCUGUUUGAAGGUGGGAAGGUGUUUCAGUGGGAAUUCGUGCACGGUCUCCUGGAAAACGCCAUCUACGGCGGCCGCAUCGAUAACGUGUGUGACCUGCGGAUCCUUCGCUCGUACCUACAGCAGUUCUUUAACGCUCAACUCCUCAUGCAGUCUCACACACACUCUCGUGUCAAGAAAACACACGCUUUCCCGGCUCAGAUACACCUGCCCAACUCCUGCAGCAUAGCGGAUUAUCGUGCGGUGGUGGACGCUCUUCCUGAAGACGACAGACCCAGUUUCUUCGGCCUGCCUGCAAACAUCGAGCGCUCUUCACAGAGAAUCAUCAGUUCACAGGUGAUCUCUCAGUUGAGGAUUCUGAGCAGGUCUGUAGCCGCCGGCUCCAAAUUCGACAGAGAGAUCUGGUCUAACGCACUCUCACCCGUACUCAACCUGUGGAAGCGUCUCAAUCAGGGUUCCUCAUUGAUCCAUCAGAAGGUGGCUCUGCCCAGCGAGGGCGCCGACUCUCCUGUUCUCUCAUUCAUCCAGCUGGAGCAGUUUAAUGGCAUACGAUUGGUCCAGAGCAUUCACCAUUCGCUGGCCUCGCUCAGUAAGGUCAUCCGAGGCACGUCCCUCAUGACUGCUGACGUACACAAGCUGGCCACUGCACUCCUGAACCAAGAGUGUCCGUUGAGCUGGCAGAAUAAAUGGGAAGGCCCUGAAGACCCGAUGCAGUAUUUGCGAGCCGUAGUGUUCCGAGCGCUCGCCAUUCAGGGCUGGGUAGAGAGGGCCGAGAGGGGUGGACUGCUGUCGGAGAUGCUGGAUCUGUCAGAGCUUUUCCACCCGGACACUUUCCUGAACGCCCUGAGACAAGAGACCGCCAGGUUGAUGAGCUGCUCUAUGGACAGUCUGAAGUUUGUUGCGUCAUGGAGGGGUCAGAUUACUGAAGCCAAACUACAAGUGAAGGUUGGCGGUUUGCAGUUGGAAGGCUGUAGUUUCGAUGGAAACCGUCUGUCUGAAAGCCAUCAUGACUCUCCCAGUGUGUCUGCCGUCCCUGCGUGUUACAUGGCCUGGAUCCCACAGAGCGCUGUGGGAAGUUAUUCUCCAGACGAGUGCAUCUCUCUGCCCGUGUACAGCAGUGCCGAGCGUCUGUGUGUGGUGACAAACGUGCAGCUUCCGUGUGCCGGAGAUCAUGACACAUGGAUCCAGAGCGGAGCGGCACUCUUCCUCAAACAGCAGUAACACACACACACACACACUGAGACAUUUCCACAAUCAUUGUGAGCGAUCCACACACAGAUAUUAUAAUCUUUUUCUCAUCACACUACAUGUUUUGUAAUAGUCUUUGGCUUCAUAUGGGGGUGUUUAUGUCACGAUUGUAGCAUUAAAGCUGCUGUAAGACUGUAGUUUUAUUCAGUCUUGAUGCGGAUAUUUAUAUGAUCAAAUAAAAGAGUUUUUCAUCAGGA